CUGUAGGACUGUUGUCUGGAAUUCUUUGAGUGGAAGGAUUCUUAUUGGGCUUUUUGAGGGAUGUGAAUUAAGGAAAAGAAACAUGCAUCCUCCAGAAACCACCACAAAGAUGGCUUCAGUUCGGUUCAUGGUGACACCAACAAAGAUUGAUGACAUUCCAGGUUUGUCAGACACUAGCCCGGACCUCAGCUCUCGAUCUAGUUCCCGAGUACGAUUUAGCUCCAGGGAAAGUGUGCCAGAAACAAGCCGUAGCGAGCCUAUGAGUGAGAUGUCUGGGGCCACCACUUCUCUAGCGACUGUUGCCCUGGAUCCUGGCAGUGACCGGACAUCCAAUGCCCAGGAUGUCACCGAGGACCCGAGUCAGAACUCCAUCACAGGGGAACACAGCCAGCUGUUAGAUGAUGGGCAUAAGAAAGCUCGAAAUGCUUAUCUCAAUAAUUCCAAUUAUGAAGAAGGCGAUGAAUACUUUGAUAAAAAUUUGGCACUCUUUGAGGAAGAAAUGGACACCAGACCAAAGGUGUCUUCUCUCCUCAAUCGCAUGGCCAAUUACACUAAUCUGACACAAGGAGCAAAGGAACAUGAAGAGGCAGAAAAUAUCACUGAAGGGAAAAAAAAGCCCACCAAGACCCCCCAAAUGGGUACCUUCAUGGGUGUCUACCUACCAUGUCUACAGAAUAUUUUUGGAGUGAUCCUCUUUCUACGCCUUACAUGGGUAGUGGGCACAGCUGGAGUUCUUCAGGCCUUUGCAAUUGUCCUUAUCUGCUGCUGCUGUACAAUGUUGACUGCUAUCUCCAUGAGUGCCAUUGCCACUAAUGGAGUUGUGCCAGCUGGAGGCUCAUACUUUAUGAUUUCCCGGGCACUUGGUCCAGAGUUUGGUGGGGCUGUUGGCCUCUGCUUUUACCUUGGUACCACAUUUGCAGCAGCUAUGUAUAUCCUUGGUGCCAUUGAAAUUUUCCUGGUAUACAUUGUUCCCCGGGCUGCCAUCUUUCGCAGCGAUGAUGCCCUCAAGGAAUCUGCAGCCAUGCUUAAUAACAUGCGUGUCUAUGGCACAGCCUUCUUGGUCCUCAUGGUAUUGGUGGUAUUCAUCGGUGUGCGCUAUGUGAACAAAUUUGCCUCGCUUUUCCUGGCCUGUGUCAUUGUAUCCAUCUUGGCAAUCUAUGCUGGAGCUAUCAAGUCUUCUUUUGCACCCCCACACUUCCCGGUCUGCAUGCUGGGUAACCGCACUCUCUCAUCAAGACACAUUGAUGUUUGCUCUAAGACCAAGGAAGUUAACAACGUGACAGUACCAUCAAAGUUAUGGGGCUUCUUCUGUAAUUCCAGUCAGUUUUUCAAUGCCACCUGCGAUGAGUACUUUGUUCACAAUAACGUCACUUCGGUCCAGGGCAUUCCUGGCUUGGUUAGUGGUAUCAUUACAGAGAACCUUUGGAGUAAUUAUCUACCUAAGGGAGAGAUCAUUGAAAAGCCCUCAGCCAAAUCAUCUGAUGUCUUGGGAAAUUUAAAUCAUGAAUAUGUUCUUGUUGACAUUACCACCUCCUUCACUCUUCUGGUGGGGAUAUUCUUUCCCUCUGUCACAGGUAUCAUGGCUGGAUCAAAUAGAUCUGGAGAUCUGAAAGAUGCUCAGAAGUCUAUUCCCAUUGGAACGAUCCUUGCCAUCCUGACCACAUCCUUUGUCUAUUUAAGCAAUGUUGUCCUUUUUGGUGCAUGUAUUGAAGGGGUUGUUCUCAGAGACAAGUUUGGGGAUGCUGUGAAAGGUAACUUGGUGGUGGGCACCUUAUCUUGGCCAUCCCCAUGGGUGAUUGUCAUUGGCUCCUUCUUUUCAACAUGUGGGGCUGGACUUCAGAGCCUCACAGGUGCACCGAGACUUCUACAGGCUAUAGCCAAGGAUAACAUCAUACCAUUCCUGAGGGUUUUCGGUCACAGCAAAGCUAACGGGGAACCUACCUGGGCUUUACUUCUGACUGCUGCCAUUGCAGAGCUGGGAAUACUUAUUGCCUCCCUGGAUCUUGUGGCCCCAAUUCUAUCCAUGUUUUUUCUCAUGUGUUACCUCUUUGUGAACUUGGCGUGUGCCUUGCAGACAUUACUUCGAACACCCAACUGGAGACCCCGAUUCCGCUACUACCACUGGGCCCUGUCUUUCAUGGGGAUGAGUAUCUGUCUGGCUCUGAUGUUCAUUUCUUCCUGGUAUUAUGCCAUUGUAGCGAUGGUAAUAGCUGGUAUGAUCUACAAGUACAUUGAGUACCAGGGAGCUGAGAAAGAAUGGGGUGAUGGUAUCCGUGGGCUGUCGCUCAGUGCAGCCAGGUUUGCUUUGCUUCGUCUGGAGGAAGGACCUCCACACACUAAGAACUGGAGGCCUCAGCUGCUUGUUUUGCUAAAACUAGAUGAGGAUUUACAUGUCAAGCAUCCUCGCCUCCUUACAUUUGCCUCACAGCUGAAAGCAGGAAAGGGUCUCACUAUUGUGGGGUCUGUCAUUGUGGGGAACUUCCUGGAGAACUAUGGUGAAGCUUUAGCUGCUGAGCAGACCAUUAAGCACCUAAUGGAAGCAGAGAAGGUAAAAGGAUUUAGCCAGCUGGUGGUCGCUGCCAAACUGCGCGAGGGCAUUUCCCACCUCAUCCAGUCGUGUGGCCUUGGGGGCAUGAAGCACAACACAGUGGUGAUGGGCUGGCCUAACGGCUGGCGUCAGAGUGAAGAUGCCCGCGCUUGGAAAACUUUUAUUGGCACAGUUCGAGUGACAACGGCUGCUCAUCUUGCUCUGUUGGUAGCUAAAAAUGUCUCCUUCUUUCCCAGCAAUGUGGAGCCAUUUUCUGAGGGAAACAUUGAUGUGUGGUGGAUUGUGCAUGAUGGGGGGAUGCUCAUGCUAUUACCAUUCCUACUGAAACAGCACAAGGUGUGGCGAAAAUGCAGCAUACGAAUCUUCACAGUAGCCCAACUAGAAGACAACAGUAUCCAGAUGAAGAAGGACCUGGCCACAUUCCUGUAUCACUUGCGCAUUGAGGCAGAGGUGGAAGUGGUAGAAAUGCAUGACAGUGACAUAUCAGCUUACACUUACGAGCGCACUCUGAUGAUGGAGCAGAGGUCUCAGAUGCUCCGGCACAUGCGGCUCUCCAAAACAGAACGAGACAGAGAGGCACAGUUGGUGAAAGACCGAAACUCAAUGCUACGACUGACUAGCAUUGGUUCUGAUGAGGAUGAAGAGACAGAGACCUAUCAAGAGAAGGUACACAUGACUUGGACAAAGGACAAGUACAUGGCAUCCCGAGGGCAAAAAGCCAAGUCAAUGGAAGGAUUCCAGGAUCUCCUUAACAUGCGUCCGGACCAGUCUAAUGUGAGACGGAUGCACACAGCAGUGAAGCUCAAUGAGGUUAUAGUAAACAAGUCCCACGAAGCAAAACUGGUUUUGUUGAAUAUGCCAGGACCACCCCGAAACCCUGAGGGUGAUGAAAACUAUAUGGAGUUCCUAGAAGUGCUCACUGAGGGACUUGAACGAGUUCUCCUUGUCCGGGGUGGUGGCAGUGAAGUGAUCACCAUUUAUUCAUAGUCUACUCCUAAAUGACUGCUUGGUCUCAGCUUUCGUAAAUGGCUUCCAUCCUCCAUUGAAGUGACAGCUCUUUCUUACCACUCCCUCUCAACUAGAGGCCCAUGUUUUAUGCCCAUCUCACUGAACUCUUGAUGAGCUGGCCUCAAGUCCUUGUGCAAGAGUACAAAUAGAUCAUUUUUGGCCCUUAUAUGAUCUGACAGAAGCAGCAAAUAUUCCCUCAACAUCAAGAGAAUUAUCAGAUCUUAAAAGCCAUUUCUUUACCAGUAGACAAGUCAAGAAGGCAAAAAAACAAGUUCAUAUCCAGCAUUAAAGAUCAGUCUCAGAAAUCAUGGUUCAGUGGUUAACACAGAGGAAACAGCUAGAUACUCAGCCUCACCUUAUUGAAGAAUUCAUGGACAAUAACAUGGAGACCUCUUGUCCUUGUGAAGAUAACUCAUGGCAAGCUGAGAUGGAAACUUUUUAGCUAUUUUGUGUGUGUGUGUGUGUGUGUGUGUGUGUGUGUGUGUGUGUGUUUUUUCCUGUAUCUACUGCUCUCUAGGAUGCUUUAAUUUUAAAUUGGGGUACUAAUAUUCAAAACCUGAAACAUGGCUGCACCGUUUUAAUUAUCAAGAUUCCAGGACCAGGGAUUUAACUCAGUGGCACCACACCUGCCUUGCAAGCGCAAGGUCCCAAGUUCAAUCCCCAGUACCAAAAAAAAAAAAGAUUCCACAAAGUACCAGGUUUAAGGAUCUAUAUUGUGUCAGUGUGUAUUUCAGAUGUUUGUUUCUAUCAACUCAAAAUCCAUUCUGUGAUUGUAAGAACACAGGCAAUUUUACCAUGGAAAUUGUUUUAGUAAAAAUUCCUACAUUCUUUUCAUACUGCUGGACUAAGGAAAUUUCAAGGAGUGGCUGUUAAGAUUUAUAGUUGGGCGUAGUGGCACAUGCCUGUAAUCCCAGUAGU